AUGGAGAAGCCCGUGGCCCUGCUGCUGGCGUUGGCAGCCAUGUUCCUCUGGGGCUCUUGGGCCAACACCCUGCUACUGUCACGCAUCCGCUUCGAGUUGUACUUCUUUGACUACAUCCUCGGCCACUUGCUGGCUGGCUGCAUACUGCUGCAGGACGCGGCGCCUUCGCUGCAGGCCGCGGCCGCCGAUCCUUCCGGUGCCGUGGUGUUCGUGGUCAGCGCCAUUGCCGGACUCCUCUUCGCUCUAGGCUCGCUGCUGGCCGUGGCCUCCAUCGAUCUUGCUGGCAUGGCGAUGCCGACCAUCAUCCUGCUGGGCGUGGAGAUGGCCCUUGGCGUCCCAUUCCUCCUGUUCGUAGAGGGCUGGGGCUCGACAGAACAUGUGCUUCUGUCCUUCGCAGGUGUAGUCGCCGUUCUUGGCGCGACGCUGCUGGAUGGCUGGUGCCACUGGAAUCUGCAGAAGGACUGCGCAGCAGAAGACCGAGAGCAGAGCCAGCUGCUGUGCUUCGGAUGCAUGUCGAGUCAGUUCAGCAGUCUGAGCUUCUGGUCCUUCCGGGCCACCUCCGUCGCUGCUGGCUCCUUCGCGCGGAGCUUGAACUCCACAGCAGUCACCUUCCUGACCCGCGGUUCUGCGCUACCGGUCAGCUCCAUCGGCUCCCAGCAGGUGCUGACGGCUGCAUCCGGCUGGGCCAAUGCCCGCGCUGUAAAGCGCGGGAAUCUGGGCCUCACCUUUGCAGCCAUUGGAGGCUUUUGCUUCGCCUUAUGGCCCUGCAUCAGCUCCUGCGUCGAGGGGCAGACGCAGUGGGGGAAUGCCUUCACCACGCAGCUCAACGCAUCCGCGUUUUUCCUCGUCUACGCCGUGGGGGCGCUGCUGGCCGCGCUGCUCCUCCUGCCGCUUCUCUGCCGCUGGCCGUUGCACUCAGGAGUGAGCCUGAACUUCUGGGCGAACUACCUGGAGCUCAGGGCCUGGAACCACUUUCUGGGCCUUGCUGGCGGCUUCGCGCAUGGCUGUGGGUCCCUGCUCUCGCUUCAAGCAGGCCGAGUCUUGGGCAACGCCGUGGCGAUGUCCAUCACUCGCUGUCAGCCACUGGUGGGGGGGGUGUAG